AUGAUCGAACAAGUAUUUGAGGAGGAGGAGAGAAGGAAUAUACUGAGAAUUCCACUUGGAGUACAACCACGGAAGGACAGCUUAUACUGGAACUUUUCCUCUACUGGCAUGUAUACGGUAAAGUCGGGUUAUAGAUUGGCAAAAAAAAGGAAAAGGAGGAGGCCGCGGUGGGGGACAGAGACUGGGUCGAGUUGCACAAGAGAAGGGAAUAGCCAGAGCUGGAACUUUUUGUGGGGCUUGAAUAUGAAGCAAAAGCUGAAGCAUUUCAUUUGGAAAUGUUUGCAUGGGGUGCUGCCAGUAAAUGGGGUGAUCCAAGAGCGAUGCUCCAAAGGCGAUCAUAUGUGUAAAUGCUGUGGGGAGAACACAGAGACUAUUGAACACUGUUUGUUUCUAUGUGACCACGCAAAGGUGAUAUGGAAGGCUGCUCCACUGAACUGGGAUGGGCUGGAGAAUGCAAGACAGUUUGAGGAAUGGAAUGGAGACCCAAGGGUAGCAGUGGAGAAAGCGUUGAGGGAGUGGAGGGAGUAUCAGGAAGCUCAGGAAUGGGAAAGGGGAACGGAAGGAGGUCAUGCGACGAAGGACAAAGGAUUGUCAGGGUGGAGGAAACCAAGGGCUGGUUGGGUUAAGGUGAAUUCAGAUGCUGCGUUGCAUCUUAAAGCUGAUAGAGCUGGGUGGGGAAUGGUGGCCAGGGAUUGGUUGGGAAGACUGCGAGGAGCCUGGGCUGUUCCAAAUCUGAGCUGUGCCAGUUCAAAGGUCGAAGAAGCAAAGGCGCUAAGAGAGGCCAUGUUAGUUGCACAACAGCAAGGGUGGCGAAGGGCGGAGUUUGAAGUGGACUGUAGUCAAGUAGUGAAGGCAGUGUGCAGUGAGGAGGAGGACGUAGAGAUAGCAACAAUUGUACAUGACAUCAGGAUGCUUCAGUUAAAAUUUGAUGAAUGUUGUUUUACCUUUACAAAUAGGGUGAACAACUUUGUUAGCCAUAAACUAGCUAAAGUAGCUAUUACUUUGGAACACAAUACUGAAUGGAAGGAAAACUUCCCAGUUUGGCUGCUGGAUCAAGUCCAGGCAGAUUGUAAGGGUGAUCACCCACCUAUACUGUAA